AUGGGCAGCUGCGGCAGAGGCCUGCGAAGCAGGUUCAGGAGUUGCGGACCUGUGUUUCUUCUGCUUUCGCAGGUGCCUGCGCUACGCUGCAGAAAUGAGAGGGGCCCAGAGCACCAUUUCGAAUUGCUAGUUCAAGUAUUUGUCAAGCAUUGUCAGGUCACACGGGCUCAAUUCAAUCCAGAUUGCUUGCCACCACAUGUACGAGACUAUUCAGAUGUAGGAACAGUGGGCGAGGACCCGCCAUAUAUUUACCUCCAGUGGAUGCUGGCCGAGACAUGUGGCAUCCACAUGGCGGAAUUCAAGACGCAGUUCGCCACUCUUCCCCAGGUUUUAUCACGAGGAAUGAAGAGCGUGUUCCUUAAUUUUUUCGUCUACGUGAUAGGAAACUUUUUGGCCGUCGGGGCCAUGAGCAUCUUCUAUGUGGCACCUCCUGGACGCCGUUGUUGGGGACUAUUCCGGGUUGGUUCGUUGGGCUACAAACGAAUUAUAGGACCGUUGUAUUACAUUCUGCUGGUACUGGCCGUGUGGAUUGCUGUGGGACUGACCUAUCGCUUCUUCACCGAGCUUCAUGCCUUCCGAAAGCUUGUCUCGCAGCAGCUGGAUGAGGAAGGCACCUGGCCAGUGGAGGGUGGCGGGAGCGUGAAGCUGCCUCGUCCAAGCGUUGCUUGCGCUUAUGUCUUCGAGCUGCGCUGGGUGACAUACCGCCACUGCUUUGAUAUCUUGGUACUUAUGACUUUCACCAGUGUGGACCUUCUCGUCUGCCUACUCGAGCUUUCUUGGACUUGCCUCACCGCCUGCUUUGCAUACUGCAGAUGCUGUUGCUGUUUCUUGUGCAAGGGCUGCUGCAACAUUUGUGCCUGGAUGGCUUGCAACUGUGUGGCGGCCAUAUGCUGCUUGAUACCGGUUGGGGCGCUCUUCGUCUAUAUCGUGUCUGGCUUAGUAGGGGCAACCAUUGUCUGCACAGUGCUACUGGCAAUGGCCAGCGCUGUGCUCGUCAGCGUGUCGCUGUGCCUCCGCUAUGUGCUGGCUGCUCUUACGGGCUGCUUCUGCAAGCCGCUGCCGCCAGCGUCCUGGACAGAUCAGGCGAUGCUGCUCCAUCCGCUCCCACCAGGAUCUCCUUAUUUCACAACCGCCAUGGUUGUGCGCGAGCCCAUCAAUGACGAGGAGAGGGAAAGUGACUUGAGGCUCGUGGAGGCCACGCCCUUUGCAAGCAAGUUCGACGUGGAGGAGGCGUAUAUGACUUCGGAUUACACUCUGUGGGAAAAUCAUUUGGGAAUGCCAUGGCAUUCGUUGAACUAUGCCUUCCCGGCAUGGUAUGCAAUGACCUUUAUCCCUUCACUGCUGAUGACCGCUGUGGCGCUGGCAUUUCUUCGUAGCAACGAGAUUCUUUUUGCAAAGUCCAUGGCAGAGUCUGAUUUGGCCUGGCUGCCUGUUGGCCCGAUGUCAACAUGGCCAUACCACUGGGUUCUUCUGCAAGCUGUGUUUGAGGGCAUCACGCAUGGCUUCCAUGGAAUCUUCGUGGAUGUGCCUGUGUCUCUGGUCACUGAACCACGGAUGGUGCUGCAUCGGGUCUGGCACGUUGCGGAGCAAGGGGUGGAGAUGACAAACCUGUUCAAAGCAGACCGACAAAAGCUGACAGCGGAGCCCCUGCAUGAUGGACAGUUCGAGGGCAACUUUGACGACUUUGAGACCACCGUGUUACUUCUUCGAUUCGUGUUGACAAUGCUUUUCAGCUGCCUACGGCUGGCGGCCAUCAUUGCCCGAACACCGGAUGACCCCGAGCCGGAGGACGAGGAGCAAGAGCAAGUGGAAGAAGAGGAGUACGAGGAGGAGUCCAGCGACAGUGAUGGACACUGCGCUGCUUUCAUGUCCAAGAAGUCGCAUAGAACACUGAGAUGA